UUAUAGAAAUAGAGUUUGUGGUAUUACGAUAAAUAAAUAUAAUCAUAAACUAAAAAGUAUUAAGUUCACAAUGUAUUCAAACUAAAAUAAAAUAAAAUAAAAGUAUUUAACAAAGAUAUCAUCAAAUUUUAAAUGAAACUAUUUAUUUUUUGAAUAGGGCCCUUGAUUUUUCCGGAUCGAUUUUGGUUGCAGCGGGUGAUCUGCCACUGGCAGAAUUAAAAUGAUUAACGUUGUGCAUGUUUUCUUUUUGCCACGUAACUGAAUAUGUUUAUAUAUGUUACACAUGUAUCUAGCUAUGUUCUCACGUGUUGGGCUAAAAAUGUACUAUUUUACCUUUGGACUUUACGAAACAAAGAAGUUGACAAAAUAAUAUUAAGUGGAAUCAGAACCUCUUCCCCAUAAAAUUUUAAAAUGGAGUGUAGUCUAUUAAUUUUCUGAACUCUCUCGGAGUCGGACGAUAGUAUUAAUUACGUCGGAAGGUUGGCAUUGUGUAGUGCAUCAUUUUCGUUUUCUAUAUAUUAGCUCUAGUCACCCAAACAUCCAUGUUAGAAAAACACAGAAUCUACCUAACAAAAAGAGAUCUAGAGAGAGAGAGAGGAAAUGGCAUUACAAGAGGAAGGAGAUGAUUACACAAAAGAUGGAACUGUUGAUCUUCGAGGCAAUCCUGUCCGGAGAUCCCAGAGAGGUCGUUGGAAAGCUUGUUCAUUCGUCAUUGUGUACGAGAUGUUUGAAAGAAUGGCUUAUUAUGGGAUAUCGAGCAAUCUAGUGAUAUUCAUGACUACCAAGUUGCACCAAGGCACGGUCCAGUCCUCAAACAAUGUAACCAAUUGGGUUGGGACUAUCUUUCUCACUCCCAUCUUGGGUGCUUACGUCGCAGACGCUCAUCUUGGUCGUUACCUAACUUUCGUAAUUUCUUCCGCUAUCUGUUUUCUGGGGAUGUUGGUAUUAACAUUAUCAGUAUCUAUACCGGGAAUGAAUCCACCAGAAUGUUCUACGACUAGUGCUGAAGACUGCGAACAGGCUUCAGUUCUACAGUUAGCGCUUUUCUUUGGAGCGUUAUACAUAUUAGCGUUUGGUACAGGCGGUACAAAACCUAACAUAUCAACAAUAGGGGCCGAUCAAUUCGACGAGUGGGAUCCAAAGGAGAAGAUGCAAAAAAUCUCAUUCUUCAAUUGGUGGAUGUUUGGUAUUUUCUUUGGUACUCUAUUUGCUAACACUAUUCUUAUCUAUGUUCAAGAUAAUGUAGGCUGGGGCUGGGGGUAUGGGCUUCCAACUUUGGGACUUGCUAUUUCCAUUUCUGUUUUCUUGUUGGGCACUCCUUUUUACCGCCAUAAACUCCCAACGGGAAGCCCUUUCUUGACGAUGGCUCGAGUCAUUGUGGCUUCAUUUCGGAAAGCUAAAGCACCAACGCCCCGUGACCCAACACGCUUCCACGAACCGUCUUCACUGGAGUAUGAGCGGAAAGGCACCUUUCCGAUCCACUCCACUCAAAGUUUAAGGUUUUUAGAUAGAGCUUCACUAAAAACAGGAACAACCGGCCAGUGGGAUCUUUGUACAACCACAGAAGUCGAAGAAACAAAACAAAUGCUAAAUAUGCUACCUACCAUGGGCAUAACUUUUGUCCCAAGCGCUAUGAUCGCUCAAAUUAACACUUUGUUUGUCAAACAAGGAACGACUCUAAACACAAUGAUUGUCGGAAACUUCAGCAUCCCACCAGCGAGUCUCUCCGCCUUUGGGACAGUCUCUUUCCUCGUCUCCAUUGUCAUAUAUGAUCGAGUCUUAGUCAAGAUAGCCCAAAAAUUAACCGGGAAUCCAAGGGGCAUUACUUUGCUUCAACGGAUGGGAAUUGGUCUUAUCUUCUACAUCAUCGUCAUGACCGUCGCAUCUUUCACCGAAAGGUAUAGACUCAAAGUCGCUGCUGAUCAUGGACUCAUUCACCAAACGGGAGUAAAACUACCAUUGACAAUCUUCGUGCUGCUUCCUCAAUUCGUGCUUAUGGGUAUUGCUGAUGCUUUCUUAGUAGUUGCGAAGCUCGAAUUUUUCUACGAUCAAGCUCCUGAAAGCAUGAAAAGUCUUGGCACAUCGUAUUCGCUAACAAGUCUAGGGAUCGGGAAUUUCUUGAGCAGUUUCUUGUUGUCCACUGUUUCUAAGAUAACAAUAAAACAUGGAAGAGGAUGGAUUUUGAAUAAUCUUAACGAGUCUAGGUUGGAUUAUUAUUACUUGUUCUUUGCGCUUCUUAAUUUUGUUAACUUCGCCUUAUUCUUGGUUGUGGUUAAGUUUUAUGUUUAUAGAGCUGAGGCUACUCAUUCAGUGAAUGUGAAAGAAGAGGAAUCAAAGGUGGUGGGUAUCAAGGAGGAUGAAUAAUAUAAAAAUAUUGUUCAUUUAUACAGUUUUCUGUUUACUUUUAGUUUCAGUACAUUUACUUCAUAUUUUCAUUAUAUAUAGAUGUGUUUAACAAGAAAAUGGUAAUUUAAUUCUUGGAGUCUUUGAAAUUCACACUUUUGUUCUCCAACUCUUCAGUAUGACAUAAUAUCAGAAGUGUGUAAUUUUCUUGGACGUCUAAAACUCUACGUUACGCAGUAAACAUGCAUCAUUAGUCUACUUUCCCCAAAUCUAACCCUAAUCAUUUUAAGUUUUAUGGGUAACAUCUCUAGAAAUUUAGGAUCUAGUCGAUGAUUUGUUGUUUUAACUUUUAACCAACGAGGAGUUGGUCUAUUGGCUAUCUAAAAUAUAAUUACAAAUUUAAGAGGAAGAAUCAAAUUAAAUGCAAUCUCUCUUAUUAAAACGAAAUAUUCUCUUUGGUUCAGUUUUUUUUUAAGUUUUUUAAAUUAAAUAUAUUCUUCUAUAUAGUUAAACUCACCUUUAAUUAAUUACUAUUCAUCUCUUUAAUUUAACUAUUGUUACUAUUUUAAUGUUUCAGUUGCUAAUUAUAGAAAAGCUUUAAGCCAAUGGAA